CUUCUCUUUUCCAAGUUUCACAAUUAUUGCUCUCUCUCUCUCUCAAGUCGAACGUCUCAAGACGUCACUCAUAAUACGAGAGAUAUCAUUCUUAUUAAUAAUUUCCUUUUUAUUAUCAAUAUUCUAUUUUAUUUUCAAUAAUAUUAAAAUAUUAAAAUAAUAUCAAAAUUAUCACGAGAUAAAUUUUAAACAUUUAAGUUAAAUUGUACCAACUGUACCAUUUUAGUUAAUUAUUCUUUUGCUUUUGAGGUUUUUUCCAAUUUAGUGCAAAAAGUGUCAGUUUGGAGGAACAUUUGAAGACAUUGUGCCUACCGAUUUGAAGACGAUGAUAAAACCGAUCGACAUAAGUGAUGGCUAAAUAUAAAAUAAACGGAAUAUAGAAACGUGCACACCAAGUCUCUGUGUGGAGUAUUUUUGGAUUAUUUUCUAUGAAGAAAUUCACGCCAGAUGGCUCUAAAAGUGGAAUUUUCUGAAAUAUGGUCCUAAUAGGAACUACCAUUGAUUGCUAUCCAUUAUCAGCGUCAUUCAAGAUCAAGAUAAAGCAACCUCUUAUGGAUCCAGGACCAGGAUCAGUACAAAUGUCGGGAAAUCGUAAGGUAAAACUUUCAACUCCCACUGGAAUUAACAUUUCAAGUUGUACAAACCAAAGUGGUGCCAGUGGUGGCUCCUUUAUUCCUUCUGAAUUAAAUUCUGGAUUUGUCACCGUUCAUCCAACUUCAUUUCAAAAGAUCCGGAGGAAUCAAGACGAACAGCAAUCAAAAUGGCAGGAACGUAGUCAGAAGCCUCUUAAAAUUCCCUCUGGACAUUCAAUUAUUGUGAAUAACUAUAGCAUAGUUGCAUCCCGUGGCGAGUUAGCGAGGAAUAAUAAUAAUUUCGACGAACACAAAAAUAAAAGGAAAAGUCUUCAGUUAAAUGCCAAAGUUUCCAAUGAAGAAUCAAGAAGAAAAUCAACAAUAAUUCAAAAUUCUCGUAGUAGUCAGAGGGAAACAGAGAGGGAGACAAUCAGAACAAAAAAUUCUCGUAACAAACAAACGUCUAUGAAAAAAUCUUCAUCAGUACCCGCCAAUCUCAAAGAACUCACGAGACGAGAGAAGCAUUCGGUCCGUGUUCCAGAAGAGGAGGAAGUGGGGAUCCUCAAAAGGUCCUCAUCAUUUUUGGCUGGUCUCGCUUCCGGUAAACAGAGUACAACGACAGCGGCGACGACAACGUCGCUUGACCGGAAAUACGGCCCUGAAUUGCAGUGUGGCGCGACUCCGCGACCCGCGAAAGCGCAGAACACGAGUGGCAUUCGCGAUGAUGAGAAUCGUCUCUCGUCGGCUCUAAAACGUUAUUCAUUGUCACUUGGUGUCUGUAAAAAAACAACAACAACAGACACUCGUGGUUUUAAGGAUUGGAGUAAUAAAAUAUCGAGUGGUGGGAAAAAAACUGUUUCCUUUAGUGCGGAUACAAGUUUUCAGGACAAGAAGACAAACUUUCAAAGAACGGCAAUUCACGAGGCAAAAGUUUAUAAAAAAGGAGUCCUACAGGAUCGGGGCGAGGAAGGUGCGAGAACAGUGUCACCUUUGUGGGAGACGCCUCCCGGGGCUCUACUCAGGGCGGCCCGGGAGGCCGACGAUGAAGCCCUUAAAAAAAUCGUCACGCGAGUCGAAAAGUUUGGACUGGGUGACAUGGAUGUUAAUUUCACCGACAGCAGCGGAAGAUCGGCGAUAAGUUACAUGGCUGGAAAUGGUGCUUCUACAUUUUUGGAAGCGACGUUAUCUUUUUCUGGCAUUAAUCCUAAUGUGCCAGACAAUGAGGGUAAUACUCCCCUGCAUUUUGCAGCACAAGCUGGACAAAUAGAUAGUUUAAAUAUUCUAUUGCAAAGAUGCCCUGGAAUUGAAGUCGAUACUCGAAAUAAACUAGGUUUCACUCCCUUAAUGAAGGCUGCCCUACAGGGACGCACAAAAUGCGCUAAAAUUCUACUAUUUGCUGGAGCAAAUCCAAUGUUGAGAGAUCAUGGAAGGGGUCUAAGAGCAGAACAAUGGGCAAGAUUUUGUGGACGAUAUGUUUGCGCGGAAGUAAUUGAAAGAUUUUCCCGACAUCGUUUAUUGGAGAAAACAACUUCGUGCCGUUGGGGAAGUGAACCGGAAUUGGCUGCUAAAAUUCUUCAAGGAAAAAUUGCGCCAAUUCCAUCGAAUCCAAUUCCACCGCCAUCGACAGGUCUUCGUUCAAGAAUAAGACGAGUUUUUCGCACCACUUCCGGACCAGAUCGACAUUUCUCUUUAGUAACGCAAUUAACGAACGCCGCACUUUGCGCAACUAGUCCAGCUUUACCAAAACCGGGCGAAGUCCCUUCUGCCGUGAAAAAUCUCCUUCGUCCCCUCAAUCUUCCCCAAUUGAGGAUAACGUUGGUCGCGCCUCCUGAGGUACUGGACAAGACAACGGACAAGUGCUUGACGACAUUUUCCGAGAAGAUUGAAAGCAGCGUAGUGAAACCUCCAAGGGCUAAGAAGAAAAGUAAAUAGUGUCCAAGACUUUUUCUCACUGAAAAGAAAAUAAUCAAAAGACAUUUUAUUCCGUGAUUCGUUGCGUGUCCAAGACUUCUUUUUAUUUAUUACGAUUCACUUUCGUUCUUAUUCUAGGUAAGUUUCAAAUUAAUAGCUAGAAACAAUUUCUUUUGAAAAAAAGAAUUUAUCACCAAAUCUUCUAAUUGAAUCGUUCGAAAGUAGAAAAGCACAAAACGAAUCGUGAAAUUUGAAGAAAAAGAUCUCGUUAGAAUUUUGUCAAAUCGAUCUUACAAUAUCGAUGAUAAUCUUUGAAAUAUUACACAAAUUUUUAUCCAUUUCGCUCAAUUCUUUUAAAAUGCCUCAAAUUAUUCACAUACAAAGAGAGAAAAAAAUCUUUCGCUGUUUUUAUAUUACGUAUCUUUAUUUUCUAAAAAAUUUUGUAAUUUUUCUAUUCAUUCUUAUUUUACUGUUAGAUUUCGCACUUGUUUCAUAGAAUCUCUGGAUUUAAUUCAAAACAAUUGAUUUUUCAAUUUUGCUCUUUUUAUAUUAUCUAUUUUAAAAAAGUAAAGUAGUUACGCUAUAUUUAACAGAGAUUUUAAAUUGUGAUAAAUUAAUUACUUAGAAAGUUUAUAAUAGAAAUUAUUCUGUACUACAAAUAUGGUACACUUUGUCAAAAAAUUGAAAUUGUUAACAAAUUUUCCCAGAAAUUUUAAAGUAACGUUAAUUUUCAUGCUUUUAAUUAAAUUAUAAGUUAAAUUUUAAAUAUGUUAAAUUAUAUAUAGAAUUUAAAUUAUAAAUAAUUUAAUUAAAAUCAAAAUUUUACAAUAAAUUUUAGAAAAUUAUUUUCUGAAUUCCUUGAACAGCUAGAUGAUAAUGUGUUGUAACAUUAAUAGUUGAAAAAACAAAGAGGUACGAAUAAUGAUAAAAUUCUAUCUAUAGCAUUUUUGUAUAUUAUCGAAAACUAUAAUUAAAUAUACAUACAUUCGUUAUUAAUAAAAUGGACGAUUUUGGUCGA